AGGAUUUACACAUGUUCCAUAAUUUACUCUAUUCAUAAAAAAAACCAGCAUUGAAUAAACAUUAAUUAGAUCCAUUAACAGUUUAUAUAAUAGCUAGAUAUGAUAAACAAUGAACUGCAGUUGCUAAACAUGUAUCGCAUGGUUAUUUAGAGUUAAUGUAGAUAUUUAAUAAUGAUACAAGGCUGACAAUUAGGAGGUGUAUUAUUUACCAUAAAAUAUCUACAUAUUAUCUAUACUACUAACUAUUUAUGAGAAGGACAAACACAAGUAUUAGGAGUAAUAGUACUCAUGUAGUUGCACACUCUAAACAAUAAUGGUUACUAUUUGUUUAACACUUUGUACAAGGAUAAAUACAAGAUUGACAAAUAAUAAGUUUAAUAAAUAAUAUAAUUAUAAUGAUGCAUCUCUAAUAUCAGUCAUUACAACUACUCCAUAUGUUAUUGAAAGGAGUUGCAUUUGUAUACGCGCAUGA